AGCGACGGUGGCAGUGGUGGUGGUGGCGGCGGAGGGGGCGAAAUGGCGGCCACGGUGCUGGCGGCGCCGGAGGGCGGUUCCGCCGUGAUGCAAGCGGGAAACGCGGCGGCUUGUACUCCGCCACCAGGUCCUUCGGGUCCCGGUUCGUGGAACCGCUCCUUGGACCGAGCCUUAGAAGAAGCGGCGGCCAGCGGUACCCUCAGUCUGAGCGGCAGGAAGCUCCGUGACUACCCGCGGGCCAGCGCCGCCAACCACGACCUCAGCGACACCACCCAGGCUGAUUUGUCACGGAACAGACUGUCAGAGCUUCCAGCAGAAGCAUGUCACUUUGUCUCCCUCGAGAGUCUCAAUUUGUACCAGAACUGCAUUCGAUACAUCCCAGAGGCUAUUUUGAACUUACAGUCUUUAACAUUUCUAAAUAUCAGUCGAAACCAGCUUUCCACAUUGCCAGUACACCUCUGUAGUCUACCGCUAAAAGUCUUGAUAGCAAGUAAUAAUAAGUUGGUUUCAAUACCUGAAGAAAUUGGACAGCUCAGACAGCUGACAGAGCUUGAUGUGAGCUGUAAUGAAAUACAGACAAUACCUCCACAGAUUGGAAAUUUGGAAUCCUUACGGGACCUAAAUGUCAGAAGAAAUAAUUUGGUGCGUUUACCUGAAGAGCUUGCUGAGUUGCCUUUGAUCCGAUUAGAUUUCUCCUGCAAUAAGAUAACAACAAUACCAGUUUGUUAUAGGAACCUCAGACAUCUGCAGACCAUCAUGUUGGAGAACAAUCCUCUCCAGUCACCCCCUGCACAGAUAUGUAUAAAAGGAAAAAUCCACAUAUUUAAAUACCUGAACAUAGAAGCAUGCAAGAUAGCUCCAGACUUGCCUGAUUAUGAUAGGAGACCCAUGGGAUUUGGAUCUUGCCAUGAGGAACUCUAUUCCGGUCGUCCAUAUGGAGCACUUGAUUCUGGCUUCAAUAGUGUGGACAGCGGAGACAAAAGAUGGUCAGGGAAUGAACCAACAGAUGAAUUCUCGGAUCUCCCUUUGCGUGUGGCAGAGAUCACUAAAGAACAGAGGCUGCGAAGAGAAAGUCAGUAUCAAGAAAACCGAGGCAGCACAGUUGUCACUAAUGGUGGAGUGGAGCAUGAUCUCGAUCAGAUCGACUAUAUUGACAGCUGUGCCACAGAAGAGGAGGAGGAAGAGGUGAGGCAACCCAAGUGCAUGGACUCAGACAGCCUCAGCUCACAAUUCAUGGCAUAUAUUGACCAGCGGCGAAUCUCUAAUGAGGGCUCACCAGUAAAGCCUGUAUCCAUCAGAGAAUGUCAGAGAACAGAGGAUACAAGACGAUACUUACAUCAAAACAGACCCCCAGCUGAUUCAUCUUACUUUCUAUCAAGUCACCACAGUCAGGUGCCUAACACAGAUCCUGAGCUGCACCGCAGGCACAUAGAGCAUACCCGUCGGGAGGCUCAGCUAGCGGCGCUUCAGUAUGAGGAGGAGAGGAUGAGAACAAAACAGAUUCAGAGAGAAGCUGUCCUUGACUUUGUUAAGCAAAAGGCAUCCUUAAGUCCUCAGAAGCAAAGUCCCCUGGAUAGUGAGUGUCCUUUUCCAUCCAGAAGGUCUCAGCAUACUGAUGAUAGUGCCUUGUUAGUGAAUGGCUUUGAGCCUUUCUUUGUGUUUGAGAUUGACAGUAACACCAAUACCAUUAAAAGAAGGCCAGGGACUCGCAAACAGUCACUUUCAGGGUUGAAUCAAGAAAGCCAUGCUACUACUCUGCCUAAUGCCUCUACCUUCAGUCCUGUCAAGAGUGAUGACAGAUCUACCAUCUCCCCUGGCUCACCUACCACUCAGACAGUCCACCUUUCCCCUCCAUAUCCUGGCCAUGCAGUCCCGCCUUCCUAUAGAAACCCUGUCCUGCGACCAGAGAGUUUCCUUUACCAAGCAGCUGUCAGGGAUGAAGCAAAGAAAGGUGCUGUUUCAUCUUCUACCUGUACCUUGUCACCUGCUAAUGAUGCUGCAGACCCUAGAGUAAGACAGAACUCCAAACAGCGAGAGGAGGAGCUGGAGCUAAUUGAGCAGCUACGCAAGAAUAUAGAAUCACGGUUGAAAGUGUCAUUACCCAGUGAUCUUGGAGCAGCUCUCACUGAUGGUGUUGUUCUGUGCCAUUUAGCUAAUCACGUGCGUCCUCGAUCUGUUCCCAGCAUUCACGUCCCCUCGCCUGCUGUUCCUAAACUUACAAUGGCAAAAUGCAGACGAAACGUGGAGAAUUUCUUGGAAGCUUGCAGGAGGAUUGGAGUGCCUCAGGAGCAAUUAUGUUUGCCUCUACAUAUUUUAGAAGAGAAGGGUUUGACACAGGUAGCUGUGACUGUCCAGGCGCUCCUGGAGCUGGCACCCCCAAAGCAGCAGCAACUUCACCACUUGUCUGCUGUGUAAAGACCUCCGGGACCUUUGGGGUUACCUUGGCUAAGCAGAAGGACGUGAAGACUUUACUGCCCAUGCAGUGCAUCCAAACACACAGAGCUCUGUUCUAAGGAAACGAGUUUCCGUGAUUCCUGACAGGAAUGUUUUACUUCAUUUCUCCAUUUUUUUUGGAGAUCACAACAGUUUCCAAUAACAUUUUUAUUAUCAGUAUUUUGCCCCUUAUUUAAAGAAAACAGAGUUCAUUGGGAGGAGGGUAGGGAAUUCCUUGCUGACAUGGGUGUAGCUUGGAAUGAGAUUCCUAGGGGAAUUCAUUGUUAAAAAAGGAUGUUGCUGCAGUGGGCACAUGGGGAAAUUUCUUUCCUUCCUCACAGGGUUCAAAGAAGGGGAAUUUCUUUGCUUCCAAAGAACAGCUAUUUCUAUUACAUAUACUAAAAAAUUGCAACACACAAUCUUACCUGCAGUGUUUGAUGACAGGGUCGAACCUCCUGCUGCUGUAACUUGCGUUGGCAUGUCCUCAUCACUUAAAAUUUGAAGACAAAAAAAAAACUGAUGAAUUUUUUUUUCUCAAGGGUUGAGAAAUACUGCGUGUUUUCUCUGCAGGAAAGCGCCGUAGUCAAAGAUACUGAAUCAGAACUGUUCAAAUUGUGUUAAUCACAUCAGCAUUCUUGCUGGGUUCACUUUCUCUUUGGGCUUUUAACAUGUCUUUAUCUGACGAUUUUCCCAACACCAGUGGAGAGAGAUCACAUCUGUUUCCUCACCUGCCCCUCUGGUCAAGCAGGGAUGCGUUUGGUUACUCGGUGGUUUUGUUGAAUAGUGACUAGAUGUCAUCAGGAGCCACGUCUCUAUUUUCACUGCAGUGCAAAGAAUCACAGCCUGCUGUGUUAAUAAUCCUUGGCAACCCUUUAUCAAAUGGUUUAUUAGGGGCGGGAGCAUCCCCUGCAGCCAUGCCAGCACUGGUGAGUGUCCCAGCCACUGAGAAAUUCAUCAUUUUAAGAACACAGUUACUGAAUUUCCACAGUGGGCUGCGUAUUGUCAAAACAGUGUCUGUUACAAAAGGUAGCUUCUCUUUGGGGGUUCGACAGGGCUUUAAAUAAGCCUUUUAUCGGUGAGAGUUUAUGUAGAGAGCCGCACUGGUUUUACAGAGCUACCAUUACUUCUUUCCUUUUUCCUUAAUAUGAAAAUGGAAAUUCAAUAUACAGGAAUGGGAGAGGUAGCCAACAGGUUUCACAUUUUUCUGGACAGAUGAUCCUGGCAAAAUAAAGACUAGCUCCAUGUGCUCUGGUCCUAGUGCCGAGGCCAAGCUCACAACCACAUCACCUACAGUAUUUUCUCCCCCCCACCCCCGAAAAAAGACCUUGCAAAAUCUAGUUCUCUCCCGUGCACUUCCUUUGGUUGGCUUUGGCCCAUUUAAAGCAUCCCAGAAUGUUACGCUACUAAUAAAUACAUGGUGCAUGGGGUCUGAAACCAACCUCAGGCGCUGGAGGUAUUCCAUCUGGGAAUAUAUUUGAAGCAGAAUACACCAGAAGGAUUUCAUAGGGAUAAUAACAGAAGAAAUGGGAGGAGGCUGGCUAACAGGCAUUCUUGUGGAAGUAAACCUCCCAUGGGAGCACUGCUAAGGACUGGGCUUAGCUGAAUUUUCCCCCUUUUGAUUUGCAGUUUUGUUUCCACUCCAUUUUGCUUCAUGUAUUUCUUUCAAGGUCCAUUGUGGUGAGUGUUGAAUCCCUUAUUUCACAUAAUUAUUCCAGUUGCUCCUUACUGGCAUCUGUAGAUGGCUGAUCACAUUGUGAGUGGAGAAGAACACCUGAAGGGUAUUUCAAACUGUGCAGCUGGAGAGAAACCUUUUCACACUGGGUCUGUGCGCUGCCCUGAGCCUGGCAGGAAAUGAAAAUGCCAUGUGUAGGAAGAGAGCAGCCCACACAGACACUUUUCUCCUCAGAUCUUGUAUUUCACUUCAUGUCGCUUGCAAGGAGUGCUGGUAAUUCUCACAUGAUUAUGUCAAAGUGUCUGAAGUCUCUGCUGUGGUUUGUUGGGUGGAAGGUUCUGCCACUCACAAGCAAACAGUACGGACCACAAAUGUUCUGUGUGUGUUUGUCGCUGCAUAGAAUUUAAAAGAGGAGGGUACUGACUUCAUCAGUUUCCAUCAUCAGGUCACUUGUGUUGUUACAGGGCUUUUAUUAGCACACCCUUUGUGGGCUAGUUAAACACUCCUGUUUUAAGAAAACCCUUCCCUUCAUGGAAUGGUGGGUGUGCUCUUUGCUCCGGUCCAGCUUCCAGCACUUAGGGGAGGUGAAACCUAACAGUGUUCAGGUUGGUGGAAGUUUGGCGUUUCAUUAAUACUAGUUUUUAGGAGUUAACGGGGUGGGGGGUUGAGUCUGGACAGCAAGAAAAGGCCGUUUCCCCUUGUGCCUGGUGAAGGCAGCUCCUCUUCUGUCCAAGCAGUGUGUGUGCGGCAGCAGAGCUUGGGUAAGGAGCGGCAGUGGCCUGGCUGGGCAGGGGCUACCUCCACCAUUGCUCGCUCUGUGCUAAGCCCUGGUUCCCUCUGGCAGUUUCAGUGUAUGUGACAUAUCAGUUUGGCAGUAACAAUCCUGUGUGUUCAUCCUGGCAAAGACUAAAUCUUGACCAGAUGUUUAGGAACAAAAUCCAAACCUGAAAUUUCAUCUUACAGUUAAUUUAAUGUAUUAUACCAAACCCAACUUCAGUUCUUGUUUGCAAAAUGGGUGCUGAUUUUUUGGUGUGUUUCUGUGCAAUUUUUGUCAUAUCCCUUGAAAAGAGUAUAUUAAAGAGAACGUGUAUAAAAUCCUGUUUCGUGUGACAAAGCAAAGAGGCGAUUGUCUUUCUCUGGGGCAUUUGUGUUCAGGAGUAAUCCACCUGAGUGUGUCAUGCUUGCCGGUGUUUACACACUGGUUCCCCUGUGCCACUUGUCCUUCCUUGAGCCGUGUCAAGUGCUGGGCAGUGUUUGAUGCUCAGCAGGGUUACAUGCUCGAGGUGGAGCGGUGCAGGCACACGGGAGCCCUGGCAGCAAAACCCCCCAGGGUUUAGGUCUCCCCUGCUGAAGGGGAGGCGUUUGUAAUGGCCCCAGCACAGCAGCCUGCUUAAAAUGAAUCUGAGACAGCUUCUUACAACGCCAAGGACACCUCUUGUUCUUGGUUGUGACACAACGGCAAAUGGUAUUUUUAUCCUUUUAUGCCUAUAAAUAGUUAUUUGAAAAAAUGUUUUAGGAACAGAGUACUUCUAAGGUGAAUUUGGACAUUAAAAAAUGCUUUUGUAUAGAUAUUGUGAUGUUUUACAAAGUGAUCUAAUUUUGUUAUUUCUGAAAACAGUGUAAACGUGUAAUUAAUAGAGUAAAGGAUUUUAAAGCUCCAUCCCAUGCUGUAUGUCUGUAAAUACAUUCCAUAAUUUCUAAGUCUGUUACACAUAAAUGUGUCUGAGUAUUGUAUAUUUUACAUUGCCUGUAUUCUGCCAGUAGUGUGAACUUCUAGCACACCUGUAAUAUAAAAGGAAACCAUGGGUAAUUUGAAAUAAAGUUUUCAAACUUACAUAAGUUAC